GUCAACCGGCUAUAGGUUAUAAAUAUUCAACUAUGGAGAUGUUUGAGCAAAAUAACUUAAACUUUGGAAAGAGCAAACGGGAAAAUAUCUACUUGUAGAAAUAAUAAUAAAUAUCUUGAUACAACUUUUACAACAAAGAAAGAAUAUAUAAGCAUUAUGGAUUAUCAUCUUAUAACGAGAUGCGUAGCUGCUGUCGUCUGGUUCAUGUUAUUUCAAUGCGCGUGCAGCGUUCCAAUCCUAAAACAGUCUGCAUCAAGAAUGUCAGAAAGAGAGAAAAUACACAAACGGUCGGCGCCCACUGUUGAGUUUUUAAUGAACAGAGACACACAUAAGCAGUUUCAAACUAGAACUGACCCGCUAGAGGGCGUUGCAUUAGCCAGUGAACAGGACUUUGAUGACCUUCUUUGUCCGCUUAAAGUUUCAACAGGAUUAAACGACCCUAAUCAUAAGCGGUCAACCUGUCCUUGGUACUAUAGAGCAUCCCGUGACGCAAAAAGAUUUCCAGCUGUAGUUCUCAAUGCAGAACCACUCUGCGACUACGCCAUUGGCUCAAACAAUGCAGAAGAGUGCGUGGCAAUCACACAGAGCAUGACAGUACUGAAACAACAAAAUUAUGCCGAUGAGCAUGGAAACUUAGUAUGGAAGGAAGAAACCAUGACGGUUAUUUUAGGAUAUACAUCUGCCGGAAGACGACUUGCAGAAAACUCACCACAGUCUACCACAGCUGCACCAGCCAACCAGCCUGAAUGGGCAAAACGGUAAAGCAACAACUCACGUAUCGCCCGAGAAACGCCGAGAUUAUCAAUACUAUAACACUGCCAGUAAGGCUUUCUAGUCCAAGUUUAUGGAUAUGAUUGUUAGACCACAAUGGUCUUUUUUAUCAAAAAUAUCUAGUUUCAUAAUAACAUUAACUUAGGCUGUACAGUAGUGAAUUUUAGUAAAUAUACAUUCAUAUCUCCAUGGAUUGAUUUUCCAUGUAAAUUAAGGCAUUUCAUAGACAUCAUAGCAUAUGGUAUGUAUGUUAUUAUUUAUUUAUAGGAUGACAUGUAAAUUUGAAGUUCACGGCUUUUUACACCGUGUUAUUUUAGCUAUACUCAGGGAGAGUUGUGGCAUCGGUUUAUUAGAAUUUUGCAGGAUGAAAUGUAUUUUUACUUGAAUUAAUUAUUUAUCAAGAAUCUCAUUGGUAUUCCUAGGUGUUUUGUUAAAUCACAACGAAGUUGUUUCAAGUUUAUGUGAUUUCUAUUUUUUAAUAGAUUUAAAUUUUAAAUAACAGAAAAAUAUUGCCUCAACAUAUCAGCUCAGUAGAACUUCUUUUCUAGUUUUAACUUUAUAUCUAUAUUUGGUAUAAGUUGUGAAAUAUUUGGUAUAAGUCUAGUUGUGAAAUAUUUGGUAUAAGUCUAGUUGUGAACAUGUAGCAAAAAUGUUUUGGGACAUGAAUCAGUAUUUAUUUGCGUGACUGCUACAAGAAAUAAUGUAUGUUGCGAAGUGUAAUGAACUCGACUUGUUAAGAAAGACAUUUUGAUUUAUCUAUGUGGGUAUUGUUUUUAUUUAUCAAUUUACUUUUUAUGUAUUAUACAUUUCAAUUUUGCCUUUGUUCAAUGUUAAAUCCUCAAAAGUGCAAUAAUUAUUUUGUGACAUGAUAAUCAAAUAAUUUGGUUGAAUUGUUUUAUUUUAAUUGUUUUGCUUUAUUUUAUUUAUUAGUUUAUUUUGUUAUGUUUGAAAUAAAAAAUGUGAAAUAAA